AUGAGGACGCCAACCCCGCGUGCCCUGGGGCUCCUGGCCUGCUGCGUCUGGGCAACCUGCUCGUCUGCCUACGCAGAGGUGUCGGGGCUGCCACGCCUCCCUGAUGAGCCCCACCCACGGGAGCUUCGAGAAGACGAGGUCACUGCAGCGUCGGUGGCCGCCGCGCGCCUGGUGGACGGCGGCGGCAUCCUGCGGGGCCGCUUGGAGCUGCAGAUUGGCGGCUCCUGGGGCGCCGUCUGCUCGGCGGGGUUUGGCGUGGAGGAGGCGCGCGUGGCGUGCCGCCAGAUGGGCCUGACCGGCGGCGCCCCCGCCCGCACCUUCCCCCAGGGCAAGCUGCUCUACGUGGUUAGCGAUGUGCAGUGCCGCGGCGGCGAGGCUGCACUGGCCAAGUGCAAGUUCCGCUUCGCCCGUGCCUGCCCCGGCGGAAAGGCCAUCGGCGUCGUCUGCCAGAAACCCGCCAUCCUCGCUGUGCGCCUGGCCGAUGGCUCUUCCCCUGCGUAUUACGCUCCCGGCCCCCAAGGGGUGGCAUCUGCAAGCGCCGCCUCACUGAACCCCUACACCCCUGAUGCGGUAGCAGCCGUCGACGUUGCUUCCGCGCAUCGCAACCUUCUGUCCGUCUCCUCCCCCUAUGCACCUGGCCCGACGUCAUCCUCCCCGUACACGCCGCUGUCGCCCUCCCCAUCCCCGUCACCCUACUUCUUCCCCUUCCCUUACUCGCCAAGCCCUUCUGCCGGGUUUCAGGAUGGGCGCGUCGAGGUGCAGCUCACCGGCGGCCGCUGGGGUACGGUGUGCGACACCGGGUUUGGUGAUGCAGAGGCACAGGUGGUGUGCCGCAUGACAGGCCGUUCCGGCGGGCGCGCCAAGCGCGGCGCCCCCUUUGGGCCAGGUACUGUGCCUGUGCGGGUGAGCGCCGUGAAGUGCAAGGGCACAGAGGCCAACCUGACAGAGUGUCAGUACAGCAUCAGCGCAAACCCCAAGUGCACCCAUGCCCACGACGUGGGAGUGGAGUGCUCAACCCUGCCCAAGGUGCCAGUGCGCCUGGCCAACGGCAAGUCCACCUUCAAAGGCCGCCUGGAGGUCAAGAUUGGCGGGCGCUGGGGCACGGUGUGCGGCGCCAGCGGCUUCAACGAUGCCGCCGCCGGCGUGGUGUGCGGGAAGCUGGGCCUGUCGCGGACGGGCAAGGCCCGCCCGGGCGGUUCCUUUGGCCCCGGCAAGCUGCCCAUCAUGAUGACCGCUGUGCGGUGCAAGGGCGGCGAGGCUGAGCUGUCUGGCUGCACCUUCAGCACUGACACCUCCAAGUGCAAGCACGGCCAGGAUGUGGGUGUGGUGUGCGCACGCCCGACCCUUGCCCACAUGGAGCUCACGAAGGGCGACAACGGUUUCAUUGUGGCCUAUCUGUCGACCCUGGCCGGGGUCAGCCAGAGCCGGAUCUGCCGCGACGGCUUCACCACGAAAGAGGCGCGCGUGGCAUGCGCUCAGGCCGGCUAUGCCGGCGGCGAGGUGCUGCCUGCAGGGAAGCCAGAGCCGGCACGCAUCCUGGGCUACCCCAGGCAGCUCAACAGAGUGCGCUGCCAGGGGAACGAGGUGGACCUGGCCGCAUGCAUGUACCAGGUCGGCACCAAGUGCGUGAGCGGCAAGAGCGCCGCCGUUAGGUGCAAAGAGGCCAAGCUGACCGGCGUCCGGCUGGUGGGCGGCAAGGACAAGUACCGCGGGCGGCUGGAGGUGCUUUACGGCGGGCGCUGGGGCAGCGUGUGCAACGGCCCCUCUCCCCCCUUAUUCUUGGACGCAGCACAGACUGCUUGCCGCCAGCUGGGCUUUGCCGGCGGCCGACCCGCCGACUUUGGGCCCGCCAAGACCACCCCUAUCCUGCUGGGCAAUGUGUACUGCUACACGUCGCUUCCCAGCCUGGCAAACUGCUCCUUUACAGCUGGCCCACGGGUCAAAAAGUGCAUGGAACAGUAUGGCAACCAGGCCUUCAAGCUGAACCCAGUGCUGGCCCUGCUCAUUGUGGGGCUGCCCCUGGCUCUGGAUGCAUCCAAACGCGUGCUGCUGCUCGACUCCAGCAGCGAGCGGGAGGCCAUCCGCAUUCGGCGAGAGGGACUGGCCAGGCGCUGCCGCAAGAAGCAGGUGCCGGCACAGCAGCAGCAGCAGCAGCUGGAGCAGCAGCAGGAGCAGCAGGAGCAGCAGGAGCAGCAGGAGCAGCAGCAGCCGGUGCCGGGCCCCGCCGCGCCCGCCGCGGCCGGCGGCGGCGGGGAGGGCGGCGUCAGCCAGGGCUGGUUUGCGGCCGGCGCGGAGGAGGCGCUGGAGGUGCUGACCGGGUUUGGUGGGCAGGUGGCGCGCUUUGCGCCGGCGCCGGCGUUGCGCCUCGACCUGCUGCGCGCGCCGCCGGCCGACGUCUUUGUCAAGGUGGCCACGGGGCACUACCUGGGCGAGGAGUUUGACCGCGGCUCCCUUGCCUGCCCCUUCCGGGGGCGCACACUGGGCUGCCGCUUUGCGCGCCACCUGGACGCCGACACCGCGGAUGCGCUCUGGUUCCACCUGCCCCACAUGACCCGCCAGCAGGACCUCCCGCAGCGCGCCUUCCCCGGCCAGGCCCUGGUGGCCUUCUCUAUGGAGGGGUCGGGGUACUACCCUCUGGUAGACAACGCCUCCUACACCUCGCUGUUUGACUACCGCAUGACCUACCACCUGGCGGCGCACGUGCCCGUCAUAUACCCCCCCUUUGACAUCCGGACCUCCAACGAGAGCGCCAUGCCAGGGUUUGAGGCGCGCCUGCCGGCGGUGGCAUACAUCAACUCCAACUGUUUCCCGCGCAACCAGCGGGAAAAGGUUAUGGAGGCUUUGAACGACACCCUGGGCGUGCGCGUGGACGCAAUGGGCCAGUGCAUGCACAACACGGACGAGGCGCCCGGCGGGAAGGUGGAGAACAUGAGGCGGUACCGGGUGCGGCGCUGCGCGGAAGCCGCCGCCGCCGCCGCCGCCGCCGCCGCCGCCGCGGUAGCGCCGCGGCUGGCAGGGCGGGUGCUGGCGGUGGCGGUGUGUGUGGCCAUGGAGAACAGCAACAGUGUGGACUAUGUCACGGAGAAGCCGUGGCACGCGUUUGAGGCCGGGUGCGUACCGCUGUACCUGGGCGCCCCCAACGCCGCCGCCGACUUCUUUCCAGCCAACGACAGCGUGAUCUGGGUGGAGCAGUACCCCAGGCUGGAAGACCUGGCAGCUGAGGUGAAGCGGGUACUGAACGAUCGCGCCGCGUUUGAGCGGUACACGGCCUGGCGGUCCCGCCCCUUUGACCAGCUCUCUGCCGGCUACCGCGCGCUGGUGGGCGUCUACAAGCUGCCCAACACCCGCUGCCAGCUGUGCCAGCUGCUGGCCGACCAGCGCCUGCUGCGCCAAUCGGAGCAGGGCGGCGGCGCGGCCGGCGACGGCGGCAGCAACCUGACGGCGGGCGGCGCCGGCGGUGCCGCGACCGCCCCGAUCGCGUCGGCAGACCGCAGUGCUGUCCCUUCAUGA